AUGCUGCACCGCAAGCGCAAGUGCGUCCUCGACGCUGACGGCGUGCCACGCGUUGUCGCCUGUGGUCGAAAGCCCAAGCCGCGCUGGGUGAAACGACGGCGCCUGUUAUUGGCAUCUGGCGUUGUCCUCCUCUCCUUGGUGGCGUAUCCUAUCAUCAACCCAGGCUCGUUUGGUGUCGAUGUGCCCUCUGUCAUCUUCGACACUGCACGCACCAAGCCUCUUCAUCUCAAAGCAGUCGCCGACUCAGCCAGCACAACCCACUGCAAUGGAUAUGGGCUGCCAGAGGACCCGUUUUUCUUCAGGUAUGAAGGACGUCACUGCCGCCGCAUCCGCUUCCAGCCGCACCAAGAGCUGCAGCCACUACUGGAGAAGGUGGACUUUGUCAUCAAGACCUUCACCACAACCGAGGCAUGCGCCAAGUACUUCAGGCAUUUCUGGGGCGCACAUCUGCGCCAUCCCAUUCACCACAAUCACUACAAGGAUGUUUCCUCGUCCGUACCAACACUCGGGGAUGAGAGCCACGCGCUGCUCUGGGACCCGGCGUUCCCGCCAUUGAAUGUGCCCCAUCCGCCACUUCCGCCACCAGGCAACACAGACUAUGCGCGCAAGCACGUCGCCUUUGUCUUUCGGAGAGGGCGCCUCUUUGUCUUGCUGGUGGCAGCCGGCCUGCCCCAGGCCCAGAACGCCAUGCUCAGCCCAAAUGAAAUGCAUCAGCUUGCAUCUCGGCUUGAUGCGCUGCUGGUGGAUGCCACGCCGUCGCCAUGGGCAAAGUCACUUCGCCGCGCACGUGAUGAUCUCGUCACAUGGAUGCUGGCUGAGACGACGUGGACAAUCGACUUGUAUUUGUUGGCCACGGUUGUUUUGGUUGUUGCCAUUGCGGCUGUGGUUGGACUUGUGGUCAUGGCUCGACUCGACCACCCGCUGCUGCGCCGUGUCCCCGCUGCCCACCGCAUUGCAGCUUGGAUUGACAGUCAGUUGCAUCAAGCACUAGCCCGCCUUCCAUUCAACAUUCAACGGCAACACCCAUUACAACAGCAGCAAUCGCGGCAGGAGGCUGUGCAGUCGCGUCGGCGGUCUUCCGGCCGCAAGCGAUCCUCUGUGCGCAACAAGACAGUUGCCGCGCAGGCCACCCAACCACAUCAGCAAAACCAACAGCAGAGGCAGCAGCAGAGGCCGUCGCUAGCACCUGCUACUGCUGCAACCCCUGCCAACGCGUCCUCUGCGCAACAAACAACAACAGUACAGACGACAGCAGUGGAAGCAGAAUUGAAAGUGCCCACAGCCAAGGCGCCGAGCGCUCGGAAGGCGGCGGCCUCUGUUGGCAACAAGAAGGACGAGUCCACACCACCAAAGGAGGUGCAACAGACCAAGAAGACGCCAGACCAAGCAAGCGGCGAGGCGAAGCAGCACAAGAAGCGGAAGAAGAACAGGAAAGGCAAGCAGAAGGCAUCCAUGCCCAAGGCGGAUGACGCCCCACCCCGCGAGCCGCAGCAGCAGCAGCAGCAGCAGCAGCCAACCAACACUAAUGCGAGGGCUUCUGCUCCGAACAAGAGCAAAGCUUCCUGCCUGCCGGGGAAGCGAGAGGAGUCAACAGCACCAACUACGGCCAAUGCGACUGCAAAGGGUGUGUUGGCGCCGCGGCAUAUGAAUGCCGCUGAUGAUGGCGGUGACCAUGGCCAGCAAGGCGUGUCGAAGCAAGCGCCUCAGCAGCCGCAACAACCAAAGCAGCUGCAAGCAUCGCAAAAGCCAAAGCUGCCAAAGCUGCCACAACAACCAAAGAAGCCAAAGCAAACAGCAGCGGCGCGCGGGAGCGGGAGUGGACGACGGAACAGGCGCAAGUCGAAGCAGCGUCAGCGCGCAGACAGCGAACAACACCGCAAAGAGUCCCACUCAGCGUCACCACCGCCCAGCACCGCCGAGACAGCGGCAGCGGCGCAUGCCAGCAACAAUCACGGCAGUGAUAGGACCGGUUCCGAGAGGCGUGGCGAAGACAGCGGGCAGCAGGACCCGGCAGGCCCAAGUCCAACGCGCCUCAACCCGAAUGCCCCGGCUUUUCGGCCAUCCCACCCGCUGACCACCGCUGACACGCCGCCAAGCGGCUCUCCAACGGCCUCUGCGUCGCCUUCUGCGCGCGCGUCUUCUGAUGCUACGGCGGCGGACGCAACUCACCGGCGGCGACACCGGCCCCGACCGCCGGCACUGGCCAUGGCGCCACCGCAGCCCGUGACUGCAGCGUAUCCACAGCAACAACAAUCACAACCACAACAACAGUAUCAGUACUACUACCAGCAGCAGCAUGUGGUGUACCCCACGCCGUAUGGCGUGCCUAUGUCGCCUUACUCCCCACAUACCAUGUGGCAGCAAGCGCUCCAGUCUGCCUAUCCGCAUGGCCCAGCAAUGGCACCUGCGCUGACGCCACCGGCCACAACAGUUCCACUGUCCCCUUACGCUUACUCGCUGCCGCAGACGCCCACCCACCCACAACAACUGUCGUUUAUGCCGGUGCCCGGCACUGCUUCGCUGCUCCCGAACCCCGUGCCACCAGGAUAUGGCGCGCUGCCUUCGCCUGGCGUUGGUGCUGUUGAUGCCUAUGGAUACUACCAGUACCCGGUCUCGCUGGCGGCUUCGCCGUCACGGCGCCACAGCUCUGGUACGGACAGCCGCCCGCGGUCUUCGGCCUCUGCACGCCAUCGCCACCACAAGCGCGGCUCGAGCAAGACCAGCAGCGACAGCGGCGAGCAGGACCGUGCAAACACCACCAGCACCACUGCAGCCUCCCCUGCGGCGACAUCGACGGCCACGACCACGGCCACGACCACGGCGAACACGAGCAGCGUGGUGAGCAGUGCAGCAGACAGCACGCGGGGCAGCCCUGUGCGUGUGUCGACGCGGUCCCGGACACAGAGCGAGGGCUCGGCGCUGAGCAACACGGGCAAAGUGGUGGCUGCCAGGAGGAACGGCCGUACCGCGGACGCCAAGAGCAAGGCACCCAAGCAGCCCAUGAAGAGUAAAGGGGGUGAUGGUGAUAAUAGCAGUGGCAGUGCGUGUGGUGAUGGCACUGGCCGCCGCGGUCAGGCAGGCGCCACUCAGGUACCGGCGACGCUGAAGGAGGAGAAGAGCGUGCGCGUGGUGGCAUCGACGAUGAAUGGGGAUGGGCCCGACCCGAAACAUGACUCUGCUGUCGACCCUCGGAAGAAAGGCGAUGCCGUUGUUGCUGACGGUGGUCGUGGUGGUGUUGAUGGCGGGAUGGAUUGUGACGACGCUGAGCGUGAUGACGAGCCCGCAUGCAGCAACAACAACAACAACAACAACAACAACAACGCACCCGCUGUUGCGGUCAUCAAACAACAGUAG